AUGGCGAGGAACAAGAAGCAAGAGAUCGCCCAGCUCCGGCGAGAACUCGCAGGCGAGCGCCUGGUGCCUCUCACGCGCCUUGCGGGUGACAGUGGCACCGACGAUGGAGAGAGGAGGCACCAGCUCGUCUGGCAGAACUUCCGGAUCAAAGAUUGCACGACCGCGAAUGCCAUGGUGUUGGGGACAGAGCAUCCAGACUUCAUCGAGGGCUUCGAUGCAGCCGCGGCCAACACCGUAGAGCUCUUCGAGACCAUGGAGCUGGUGCCUGCUGGUGCUGCAGGCGUACCACUGGACCGCUUGGCCAGCGUGCACGGGCACUACUUCGGCAGCGGCUUCGAGAAAACCGUGGGUAAGAAGCUCCGGCAGUUUUGCAUCGACAGGUUUGAGUACGACGACCGCAUGCGGCGGGUGAAGGCAUCGAACAAGGUGAUUGCGGCCAUCCGGAAAGUGGAGGCCCGCGACCUCAUCCAGGAGGAGAGGGACGCGGCCAAGAAGGCAAAGUUUGAUGCGCUGCAGGAUUACUUGCCGGUGAAGCCACCGCCCUUCGCUCUGGCUGCACCUCAGGUGGCUUUCGAUCAAGACCAUCGGCCUCGUUACGCGACUACGAAGAUGACUCCGGAUGAGUUGGAAGAGAGGCCGAUGAGUGCCAAGGGGCUUGGCAAGGGCGACUACUUCUGA